UUAUUUUGAAACAUCUAACCGGAAAUGAUGUCUCGUCUCGUAUUUCACUUUGAUGCGGAGGGAGUGGACUCACCAAGUUACUGUAACGCGAACAGGAUCCCACAAAUAGUCGUAAAAUCUCGUUUAUUUUUUUAACCACUCUAAAUAAACAUACAUUUUAAUAAUAACAACAACAAACAUGGCGCUCACCGAUGCCGACGUCCAAAAACAGAUAAAGCACAUGAUGGCCUUCAUCGAGCAAGAGGCCAAUGAAAAAGUUGAGGAAAUUGACGCCAAAGCGGAGGAAGAGUUCAACAUCGAGAAAGGACGUUUAGUGCAAACGCAGAGGGUGAAAAUAAUGGACUACUACGAGAAGAAGGAAAAGCAGAUUGAACAGCAUAAGAAAAUCCAGAUGUCCAACCUGAUGAACCAAGCACGGCUGAAGGUGCUGAAGGCCCGUGAUGACAUGAUCACGGACUUGUUGAUUGAAGCCCGGCAAAAACUUGCAGCGAUUGCGCAGGACCCCGCGAGGUACUCCACAUUGCUUGAGGGGCUUGUGCUCCAGGGUUUCUACCAACUGCUGGAAGAGAAAGUUAUCAUUCGUUGUCGCCAGCAGGAUGUGGAGAUGGUUCAGGUUGCAGUGAAUAAGAACAUCCCCAUCUUUAAAGCGGCUGUGAAAAAACACAUCGUUGUCCAAAUCGACAUGAACCAUUUUCUACCGUCAAGCAUCUGCGGAGGAGUGGAGGUGUAUAAUGACAACGGCAAGAUAAAAGUUUCUAACACUUUGGAGAACAGACUUGAACUUUUAGCGCAACAGGUCGCCGUACAGGAAGAAAAGAAUGAUCUAAAAUGAACAAAUACAAAAUGAGGAGUGAACUACAGCAAGAUGAUGCCUGAAAUCAGAGUGUCCUUAUUUGGCGCCAACCCCAACCGCAAGUUCAGAGAUUAACAGUGGAUUUAAAGGGUCCGGCGUUCACACAGGCGGAAUAGGUUUGAGUGGUGUUGCAUCGUUCUCGUCACAAGUGCCUUUCUUCUUUUUAACUGGGCGAGCCCAGUGACUUGUCUUCGAUUUCAUUUCAGCCUUGUGUGCCAAAUGUGUGUGUAUGUAUUUUUUUUUUUAAACAGUUUUACUAUGUUUACAACUGUAUACAAGCAAACAAACAACAUGUUUAUUAUUAUUAUUAUUAUUAUCAUCAGGGAGCUCUUAAUAUUCAAAAGCCAAAGUAAUAAAUAAGUGCGACACAGAA